UUUUAUUGCUCGUACUUUGAGCUGUGGCAGCUUUCUGGUAAACUUUCCCACCGGACAGGAGAGAGAUGGCGGAGCACCUGCUGAAAAUACUGAUAGUUGGGGACGGAAAUGUCGGGAAGUCCUCUUUCACCCAUCGAUACACCAGCGGUCAGUUCAACAGCUCCUACAAGAUGACUGUGGGAGUGGAUUUUUCUGUGAAGCUGCUGCACUGGUCGGAAAGAGAAAAGGUCAGGCUGCAGCUAUGGGACAUAGCCGGCCAGGAGCGUUUCAUAUCCAUGACCAGAAUCUAUUACAGAGGAGCGCUGGGCUGUGUUGUGAUGUUCGACGUCACAAACUCAUCCAGCUUCCUCAACUGUCUCCACUGGAAACGGGACCUGGAUAGUAAGGCCAUGCUGCCCAGCGGAGAGCCCGUCCCCUGCAUUCUGCUGGCCAACAAGUGCGACCUGCCCGGGCGAGUUGUGUCAGCAGAGAGCGUUGACGGAUUUAGCCGGGCCCACGGCUUCAUCACCUGGAUGGAGACCUCGGUCAAAGAGAACAGGAACGUCCAGGAGGCGAUGAGGAGGCUGGUGCAGGAUAUCCUGUCGGCUCAGUCCAGUCUGGACACUCAGGAGCCCCGCCGGAAGUCCGACAUUCCCCGGAUAAACUCCCUCUCUCACCUCAUCGCCUCCUGGACGUUCCUGUUCUCUUUGACCGAGGUCUCCAUCCAGGUGAUGAAGCCGUGGGCCCGGCUAAAUCCGUCAACGCUCUCUGCUGACACAACUCGCCCGGGCAGGGUAAAAGCCCACAAAGACGAGGUGAGUCCAGCCAGAGUAGCAAACGGGCAGCGGACACAGUUCAAACUGAAAUAA